UGUUUUUAGUUUUUUUUUUGUUAUUCCACAGUGUACGUGUGUGGUGUGUUAACGAUUGUGUGUCGUCAUUCCUCCGACGUACUGGUUUUCACCUGUGAAAUCUGUUGCUCAUUUCUGUGAGUGUGCGUUACGUUUUGUCGUCUAAAAGGUAAAAAGUGUGCGGAUGCGCGGAGGAGUCGGACCAGCCCGACCGAUGCUGCCCGAGCGACAACGGACUGCGAAUCAUGUGGACCAGUGCGACCGGGUGGACCGUAACGAAAUGUCGUCUUCAACGUGCCGAUCAUCAUCUUGGUGUUUCGUCUUUGUGAUAUACGGAAUAUGUGCCGGCUUGUUGCUGCUGUCCACCGCCACUUCCGCCGUCGCCACUGCUGCCGAAAUAGACGGCGAUAGACUAGCUCCGCCAGAUUGUCCGACCGGCUCCUUCACGUGCGGCCGCUACGUCUUCAACCAGACGUACUGUCUACCGUCGUACCAACGGUGCGAUAAGGUGGUAGACUGCGUCGACGGCACCGACGAAGCGGAUUGCGGUUACCGGAAUUGCCAGACCAAGGACUUUAAGUGUUCGAGCGGAAUUUGCCUGCCAUCCGAGAAGAAAUGCGACGGUUUCAUCGACUGCCGAGACGGUGCGGAUGAAGUUGGCUGCAGUUUUGCCGCCAACGUCACUUCCUGUCACCUGGACAAGUUCCGCUGCGCCAACGGCCAGGGCUGCUUGGAGACGAGCCGCAAGUGUGACCACCGGUCCGACUGCGCCGACGGCUCGGAUGAAGUCGAUUGCAGUCAAUUUCCCAGCGUGUCAGCGGUCAGUUCCGGUGUGACAAUGGACUGUGUUUUCGAAUCGGUGGCGUUGCGAUGGUUUGCCGACUGCGCUGACAAUUCGGAUGAAGCCAAUUGCACGCUGAUCGGAUGCCCGGACAACAAGUUCCCUUUGCCCUCAAGGAUCGCCCACUGGCGGGCCGAAAUGCGUUGA